CCGUCUCAAAAAAAAAAAAAAAAAAAAAGAGAGGCCUAGGUCCUCCAUUAACUCAGGCCAAUCAUUAAGUGAUGCAGGCUGCUCUUCCUUCAUGUGAGAAAAACCUGUUUCCCUCUGGUUCUUCCUGGCUUUGCACCUGGUGGCUAUUAUGAAGCAGUACUGCAGUAUGUCUUGGACCUGGAAAGUUGGACAUGUGUGCGGCUCAACAGUUUUCUGGGAAGAGUUCAGUGACCUUUUGGUGGCCACCCUCUGCUCUCACCUAUGAGUUCUUGCAGGUGGCGACUUUACCUGCAAGGUCACUUACAUAGCCCCACUCAGCUGCUUUGGAAAGCAUGAUGGAGCAGUAGUCCUCAAUGUGUGUGUGAGUGAAGAGGACCUUGUGGUAGCAGGGACCAUGCUUCAUUUGUGGCUGUGUCCCCAUCCGAGGGCCUGGUAUGCAGUAAGAUCAAUACAUACUUGUGGAAUGCAUGACUCUGCUGGCUGCCUGUGUCUGCCUGGUGGGAGAGCUGUGGACCUAGAGGUCCACAUGAGGCCAGACUACUGUGGUGCUGCCUGCCUGCCAGCCUGGCUCCACCCUGCUGUGACCUCUCCACCUUCCCCACCCCUACUUGACCUUACUCCCUUGAGGGCCUAAAGGUAUGAUUCAGACCUUUCCGCCCUUUCUGGAACUUUGACUUUUUGGAGACAGGGCGGUUCUGCAGGGGGCAGUCUAGCCCCUAGCUCUCUUCUGGGCAGCCCAAUCAGCUCUGGAUUGCCCAAGCUGCCCUGAAAAGCCAGCCGAAAGAGCCGGAGGCUGUUUCCCUGUGGUUGGGAGUUCCUGCAUUCUCUGCUCUAAAUCCCAGCCUGCCCUCGGGGCUGCCCACGCCCCCUUCAGAUCCUUUGCUCCGGAGAGAGACCUGUCCGAGCAGAGGCCUGGACUACAUCUCCCGGCGUGCCUGGCAGUGUAGUGUCCUCUGUGCGCCAUCUGUACUCGUUGCAGGCGACGAUGCAGAGGGCUGUAAGUGUGGUGGCCCAUCUGGGCUUUCGCUUGCAGGCACUGCCCCCGGCCUUGUGUCGUCCACUCAGUUGCGCACAGGACGUGCUCCGCAGGACACCGCUCUAUGACUUCCAUCUGGCCCACGGCGGGAAAAUGGUGGCGUUUGCGGGUUGGAGUCUGCCAGUGCAGUACCGGGACAGUCACACUGACUCGCACCUGCACACACGCCAGCACUGCUCGCUCUUUGAUGUGUCUCAUAUGCUGCAGACCAAGAUAUUUGGUAGUGACCGGGUGAAGCUGAUGGAGAGUCUAGUGGUUGGAGAUAUUGCAGAGCUAAGACCAAACCAGGGGACAUUGUCGCUGUUUACCAACGAGGCUGGAGGCAUCUUAGAUGACUUGAUUGUAACCAAUACUUCUGAGGGGCACCUGUAUGUGGUGUCCAACGCUGGCUGCUGGGAGAAAGAUUUGGCCCUCAUGCAGGACAAGGUCAGGGAGCUUCAGAACCAGGGCAGAGAUGUGGGCCUGGAGGUGUUGGAUAAUGCCCUGCUAGCUCUGCAAGGCCCCACUGCAGCCCAGGUACUACAGGCCAGCGUGGCAGAUGACCUGAAGAAACUGCCCUUCAUGACUAGUGCUGUGAUGGAGGUGUUUGGCGUGUCUGGCUGCCGCGUGACCCGCUGUGGCUACACAGGAGAAGACGGUGUGGAGAUCUCGGUGCCGGCAGCGGGGGCAGUUCACCUGGCAACAGCUCUUCUGAAAAACCCAGAGGUGAAGCUGGCAGGGCUGGCAGCCAGGGACAGUCUGCGCCUGGAGGCAGGCCUCUGCCUAUACGGGAAUGACAUUGAUGAACACACUACACCUGUGGAGGGCAGCCUCAGCUGGACACUGGGGAAGCGCCGCCGAGCUGCUAUGGAUUUCCCUGGAGCCAAGGUCAUUCUUCCCCAGCUGAAGGGCAAGGUGCAGCGGAGGCGUGUGGGGUUGAUGUGUGAGGGGGCCCCGAUGCGGGCACACAGUCCCAUCCUGAACAUGGAGGGUACCAAGAUUGGUACUGUGACUAGUGGCUGCCCCUCGCCCUCUCUGAAGAAGAAUGUGGCAAUGGGUUAUGUGCCCUGCGAGUACAGUCGUCCAGGGACAAUGCUGCUGGUAGAGGUGCGGCGGAAGCAGCAGAUGGCUGUGGUCAGCAAGAUGCCCUUUGUGCCCACAAACUACUAUACCCUCAAGGUUCCUGAAAUGCCAACCCAGUGCCUGCCUUCCUGGCCUCCAAGACAAGCUUGGAAUAGGUUCUCCUUGAAAGGGGCCAGUCUAUAAGAAUGGAGAUAUUGCCCGUUGGGCACCCCAUCCCUGCUCCUCCAGGGAGCUGGCAUCACCUCUCCCCUCCCUGCAAGUUGUUGCAUCUGGGUCCCAAGGGGCAACAGCUUCCAGGAUGUUCCCUCUCUCACUGCUCCUCUGCAUACAUACCCUUGUUCUGUCUGAAUAACCACAACAACCGAUGCACUUCCGUGUUUAAUAAGCCACAUCCUCAGUUGAGCCUGGGGUGAAAUGUGAGAUCCUGACUCUGUGCAGUAGUAUCAGUGGGUGGGCCUGGGGCUGUGAAGACCAUCAUCCUCAGUACAGCUGCAAUUCCAGUGCCCCUCUACCACAAAGAUGGCUUAGACAAAGGCAACCAGAUGGAAGUGUGACAUCCAACAGGGAGGAAGUAGGCAGGGGUCACUAAAGUGGCUGGUGGCCCAGCAGAUGGAAGCAGAAGUAUGGCCAUGAGGGAAGGAGGCAGGUCCAGGGCUACAGUGCUUUCAGGUACUGGUGUUUCUAUAGGGGCAUUUGCCACCCACGCCUUUGGAAACUCCUCUGGCCUACUGUGACAUGGCAGGGCUGCCUGGUUCUUGAAGGCAGAGAAGAUGCUAGUGGGGAGGAGCUGAGGCUGUGACAUGCGUUUGUACCAGGUCCAGACGGGUAAUGAUGAGGCUACAGGCUAUGAUGGGGCCACUGUGCACUAAAUGCUUGGUACCAUCCUAUGAGGGGACAAGGUACAGACCCACAUUCCCAUAGGCACUUAAGCAGUGGAGGGUAGGAGGCUACCCCAGCGGUUCAGCUGUGCUCCUUCAGGUACUCAGCUUACCCCCAAGAAGGACUGAGAGGAAUAUGAGUAGGACAGUUGGCAGAUGACAAUUUCCUUUGCCUGGCUCACAGGAGAAAUCUGAUUGGGCCAGGGAUGUGGGUGUUUGGUGCCUCAAUCUGGAUGGUGCCAGCAGGGACACCACCCUGCCUUAUACCUGAAUGGCCAGCUAAAUAACCAUAGAGCUUAAGGUCUGGCUCAGGUCAGGACUCCCUGGCUCCUUGCCAACAAAGCAAAACCAGGGAUUCAGAAAACUCAGGGCUUAGGAGAAAACAGACCUGCCUUACAUAUCCCAGAGCUGGUCAACCUCAGGC